AAGAAUUUAAGAAAACAUUUCGACAAUGACUCUUAUGAUAAAAUUAUAAAAAUCAUAGAUCGUAUCAUCUAUUUGAGAGAUAACAAUGCAUUAAAUUUGACAAUUGCUUCAUAUAAAGCACUGGUUAAAUCAAGCUUCAAUGCAAAUGAGGCAAUUAAAUAUUUUGACAGAGAAGUAUAUACUAUACGACAAAAAUAUAUGGACGUACUAGAUUUAGGUUAG